GGGGGAAGGACUAUAACUGUCACAGGGGAAGAGGAAGUUUUGAGCAGCAGAGGGAGGACUCGAAGUCUGCAGAGACAGUUUCAUUUUCUCCCAGCACUCAAACAAAAGACACUUUAUGUGAGUUGAGACAGGCAGCUUCCACUGACUUCCCCUCACAGCUAGUUAUGGAAUUUAUAGAGCACAUCCUGUCCAUUGCCUCAGCGAUCCACACCCUGGUGGAGAAUGUGAAGGCCAACAAGAAACGCUCCCGCCGUGUGAAUGCCCGAGUCACAGCCCUGGUGGAGCUGGUUGCUUCCAUCAAAAAGAGGGACACGGUUCAAGCCUCUGCUGAUGUGGGAAAAGCCCUCGAGGAACUCUACAUCACUCUGCAAUCAGCACAGAAGCUCAUCGAGAAGUACACAUCGGCCAACUUGUUGGAGCGCAUCCUGAAAUCCAGCAGCCACGGAGACGAAUUCAACAGUGUGAAUGAACGCCUAAAUGAUGCCUUCCAGCGACUGUCUGUCGCUCUGCAGCUGGAGCAUGGGGACGCGCUGUACCGCGUGUUUGAACAGACCUCCAGAGUGGAAGCAGAUGAGAUGGAUGGGAAGGAGGACGAUGCAGAGCUCAAGGAAUUGCUCCGGGAUCACAUGAAGAGCCAGGAAGACAAAAUGGAAGCCUUACGAAAAGAUGUGGGAAAGAUUGUGGAGCUAUUGGAUAAGCCCAGCAUGACCAAUGUGGAUAUCCGAAUGAUCAAACCAGCAGAACUGGAGUACGAGCUUCCCAAAAAGCCCUUAAUGGUGACAUCGACCUCAGAGCUCUACAAAGGAAAGUACAAUGGAUUCACAGUGGCCAUCAAGAGAUAUACGGAGCCUGUGAAAGCCAGUCCAAGUCAGGUACGGUCUGUUUUCAAUAAGGAAGUUGAAACCAUGAGACGUUUUGAGUCGCCCAACAUCCUGCGAAUGUUUGGCAUCUGUGUCCAGGAUGAGGAGGGACCCAACACUCAGUUCCUGAUUAUCAUGGAGUACUGUGAGAAGGGGAGUCUCCGAGAGGUUCUGGAUUCUGUCUCUAAACUGUCCUGGACCAAAAAAGUUCGGAUGUGUCUGGACGCAGCACAAGGAAUCUACCGAUUGCACCAAACUGAAGAAAAAAGUAAGGUUCAUGGAUGCAUCAACAGCAGCAAGUUCCUGGUGGCUGAAGGCUACAGGGUCAAGCUGGCAGGUUUUGAACUGGCACAAACAGAGACGUCACUGAGAAAGCAAACAAAGCCCAAUAAGAGCGAGAUCGGGUCCCUGUGUUACUCUUCUCCUCAGACGCUCAAAAACAUCAACCACUACAACAAAGAGUGUGAGAUGUACAGCUUUGGCAUCGUCCUGUGGGAAAUUGCAACUCGCAAGAGACCUUUUCAUGGGUUUUCAGAUGCUGUAAUCUAUCAGAAAGUGUACGAAGAGAAAUUUAAAGAACCUCUACCUGACGACUGCCCUUGGCAACUGGCAGAUCUGAUCAACGCCUGCCGGGACUAUGAGAGCUUCCAGAGACCAUCUGCUGGAGUGAUGCUGGACAAACUGCGGAGCUUGUUGACACAGAUGGAGGCGGAAUAAAACUCUCAUCAUCAUCAGAAUGUCAGGCCGAUCAGAAUCAAGUGUUGAGUCAAUGUAAAAUGCGAAAAACUUAAAGAUAAAUCACCAAAAGGUUUACAAGGAACUAAAAGCUACAAGUUACUGUGACCAGGGGUUGGCUUUACAGGGGUUUGGUGGAUGGGGGUAACAGAGAGUUGCCAAACGUAACCAUAUAAUAUAAUAGGAUAUAAAUAUUGCUUUGAAAAUUGUUACGCUGAGAUCAGGCUAUCAGCCACAACAUGGAAGAAGAUAAUAACAAGAAUAAUUAAGGCUUAUAUAAAGUAAUAAUUACUUAAUUAUUUUUCUUCCUACACUUCACAAUAAGCAGUCACAUAGACAACAAUCAUGGUAGCACUUUUGUUCACUGUUCACUGUUGUUAAUGCAGAUGUCCACUUUAUCAAUAAAAGGCUGCUUUGCUGACACCGUC